AAAAAUAAAAACAUAAACGAUUAGAGCUGUAAACAAACCGGCAAGGAAGCAGCAUGGUUGAUAUUCGUGUUGUUGGAGCAAGAGAUCGUCAGAAACAAGAGUUCACAGAGGAAAUAUCGAACCUUGUGUGUCCAGGCGAUGUCAUCACUACAGACACUGGUUUCAUGCGUGGUCAUGGAACAUAUAUGGAAGAUGAGAAACUGUAUGCCUCAGUUGCUGGUGUUGUUGAAAGAGUCAACAAAUUAAUUUGUGUAAAACCUCUUAAAACAAGAUAUAAUGGUGAAGUUGGAGAUGUUGUGAUUGGGAGGAUUAUAGAAGUGGGACAAAAGAAAUGGAAAGUAGAUACCAGAUCAAAGUUGGAUUCCAUAUUAAUGUUGUCAUCAGUUAAUCUGCCAGGUGGAGAACUUAGGAGAAGAUCAGAGGAAGAUGAGAAGAUGAUGAGAAAUUAUCUUAAAGAAGGAGACCUCAUAAGUGCAGAAGUGCAAUCUGUAUUUUCUGAUGGUGCCUUAUCUUUACACACUAGAAGUUUAAAGUAUGGAAAGCUGGCUCAAGGGACUAUUAUACAAGUAUCUCCAUCCUUAAUCAAACGAAGGAAAACCCAUUUUCACACAUUACCAUGUGGUGCUACAAUAAUUCUGGGGAACAAUGGCUCUGUCUGGAUAUCAGCCACAAUGAACGAAGAGACCGAGCAAACAGGAGGUUAUGAACAAGAUUUAGAGCCAGUUUCUAAAGGAGACCGCGAAGUGAUAGCAAGGUUGAGGAACUGUGUUAUAGCUCUCUCUGAACAUCAGAUGAUGUUAUAUGAUACAAGUGUGUUGUAUUCUUAUGAAGAAUCCCUCAGAUUUAAUGUAAAAGACAUUUUGAAACCAGAAAUAAUGACAGAAAUUAUAGAGAAUACGCAACCAAGACUAGAAAGCUUAGGGACUUGACAAAUAAAAUAUUUUGAAACAA